AAGAUCCUCAAAGACAUGAUCUACGAGUCGUCCGUUAUGAUGGUUAAGAAAACCUCUGACCCGGAUCAUCCCGAAGAUGCCGAUGCCGAGGACAAGAUGCUGUUCAAGCCGAUGAUCAAGGGAUUCAUCCGCGUCAACUUCACUCGCAGCGACAACGUCCCGCACAAGAAGUUCAUGGCUGAGCAGACCAAGUUUGCCGGCACGAAGGAUGCAACGGUCAAGGACAAGCUGCAGAACGCCAGCGUGAUGAACACCCUCGUGCCCGGCCUCAACGAGUUCAAUGAUCUGGUGUUCGUAAACGCGCCCGGGCCGAGCGGCAUCGCUCCGCUGCUCAAGCAGAAUAAGCUGGAAGAACAUCCAUGGCUGCUCUCCAAGGAUGCCACUUCCAUCGACUAUGACGUGGUUUUCGAGCGGAAGAGUGCGGUGGUGCUGGAGUUUGCCAAGCCACGCAAGGACAGCGUCAAGGCGUUCAAGAUCUUCUUUAACAAGCUUGCGCAGCGGCCAAACGUGAUCGGGCUCGAUCCGGACACCAUUGACUUCCCUAUCAUCCAGAAGGACACAAAUGUGGCCGAAGGUGGCGCAAAGCUGAUCAUCCGCACGUUCAGUGCUAGAUUGGCUAAGCUGGCAAGCGAGGUGUUGCGUCACAAUCGCCAUCUACUCAACGCCAAGGUGACGCUGGUCGACAGCUUCCACGUGCGCUCCAGCAACUCGCGCGUGUAUCGCAUGGGAGAGAUUGGUUACACUGCAGCAUACGAGUGCAAAACUCCCCGCUCCUACUUUCCCACCAUAACUGGCCAGAGUCUGCGGGCACGUGCAAUGUUCAAGGAGCUCCAGGAUGGACAACUGGGACACCUGUUCGGCUACCUACGGGCAACGGACGGUAACGGCAAGAAGGGCGGCUCGCGCGACAACUUCAUCAUGAACCCCGCCGUCACCUUCAUCUUCGAGCACGAGUGCGUGUCGCGUUCGGCGCGCCUCAUCAGCAAGGCGAACAAGGCAUUCGAGGGGAUUGCCAAUGUCAUCAAGGUGCGUGGCAUGAUUCCCGUGGAUAAGUCACCGCCGUUGCCAAUGGACCUUCAGCCGUCGCAGGUACGCUCGACGUUCUAUGUCGUCUCUUUCCACGGCGAUAACGUACCGACGACGUUCCAGGAGUUCUUGAAGAUCAACAAACUUCCCGAGGACACACUCGGAGGUUUGGGUCAGCGCGGCGACCCAGCCGACUGCGGUGCCGUCAAGACCAUCGCCUGGGUGCAGCCGCGCGACUACCCCAAGCCGGAGCAGUUCGAGGAGAUGAUGCUGGAGGCCAAGGUGGCGACGUUCCGCGCGCAGCACCACAAUGGGGACAUGACGGGCAUGCUGACGGACUACGUACUCUACUGGACCGUGGUGGCCGGCAACUGGAACGAUUUCAUACUCCAAGCGCUGCUCAAGCCCAUGCACAUCGAAAUGGAGUUUGGAGACGACAUAGCCGGUCUGCAACAAGCCCACGAGGCUCUGGAGAAGACCAAUGCCGAGAUCCGGGCCAUGGGGAAACAGGCCGAAGAGGCCAUUGUUCUUUCAAUGAAAUUUUCGCACUUCAACUAUUAACUUCCGCUUUCAGCUAGACCGCAAGUUGUCUAGCUUGCCGUCACGAAGUGCGUAUUCCGAUUGUUUGUCCGUGCCUGUAUCAUUACCUUUGCGUUGUUGAACACACAGAUUCCCGUUGCACAGGAGCCUGUUACCUGGCCUGUUUGUUCUC